GAUGAAGCAGCCACAAGGUACUCGUAGUUCACGUCUCUAGUGCUGAAGCUGAUGAAGGUAACCUGGCGCCUGUACCCCUCCCCUCUCCAGCAUACAGGGUAUGAGCUGCUGUGGAGACAAGGCUGUACAUGGAACAUCCCUGUAUUGUUUAUAAUCCAUGGGGAUAGAAUGCAGGUCACGUGGCUCUCUACCUUGUCCUCUGUAAUCAUCCUGAUUGGUCCAAGGAUCCCAUGCACAUUCUCAGCAAGCACACCAUGCAGCAACUGUGACGGUAAAAACGUGACCUGUGUUGACGGUGAGUGUCUACCUCGCUGUGUCAAUGUGUCGUCAUCUGGAGAGUGUUUCCAGUGUCGGGACUCCAGGUUCUAUGGUAAACAGUGUGAACAUGACUGUUCAGACACCUGUCUCAACAUUAGCUGUCAGAUGGACAACACCCGUGUUGUGUGUACAGAGGGAUGUGUGGCCGGCAAGAAGGGAGAUAACUGUGGCGUGAACUGUCCUACAGCCUGUACACAAUGUGAACGUUAUGGUGAUGUUUGUACAGGACCGUGUCAGAAUCCCCGGUAUUACGGUCCACACUGUAGAACACCUUGUUCCUCAAACUGUAGCGAUGGAUGUAAUAGGAUCACGGGGGAGUGUGGCAGCUGUGAGACAGGUAACAUGGGGGACAAGUGUAAUGUUACCUGUCCCCCCAACUGUAAAGAUGGAUGUAAUAAAGACACGAGGGAGUGCGGCAGCUGCGUGUCGGGUUACAGAGGGAAGAACUGUAAUGACACCUGUCCCCCCAACUGUAGCGAUGGAUGUGAUAAGGGGAUCGGAAAGUGUGAGGGUUGUAAACCAGGGAACAAUGGGAAGAACUGUAUUAUCUCCUGUCCUACCACCUGUAGGGAAGGAUGUUAUCAUGACGGUGGGUGCAUCUUGACAGAUGGAUGUAAUAGAAUCACGGGGGAGUGUGGCAGCUGUGAGCCAGGUUACACAGGGGACAAGUGUGAUGUUACCUGUCCCCCCAACUGUAGAGAUGGAUGUGAUAAAGACACGGGGGAGUGUGACAGCUGCGUGUCGGGUUACACAGGGGACAAGUGUAAUGUUACCUGUCCCCCCAACUAUAGAGAUGGAUGUGAUAAAGACACGGGGGACUGUGACAGCUGUGAGCCAGGUUACACAGGGGACAAGUGUGAUGUUACCUGUCCCCCCAACUGUAGCGUUGGAUGUGACAAAGACACGGGGGCGUCAAGUGUUCCAAAUGCUGUUGAAGGAGGGGCAAACAUUCUUCUGACUAGAGGGUCCAGAGGGUCUAGAGGGUCAGGAGGGUCUGGAGGGUCUAGAGGGUCUGGGGGUCAAGAUGGUCUAGAGGGUCAAGAGGGUCUAGAUGGUCUGGAGGGCCUAGAGGACACAGGAGCCAACGCUGAAGCCACGUAUGUUGUACUUGUCGCCAUCCCCAUCCUCAUCCUCGUUGUCAUCGUGUACAGAAGGCGACGCAAAGGAAGACAGCAGAACCAAAAAGGAACUCCUAAUCCAACUUACACAUCGUGUUCGGUCUAUACACUAGGCGGGGACAUGUGUGAUGAGCUGAACGGGGACACGUCGAAGGAGGUCAUGGAGGGGGAGUUUAAAAAACUGCCUUCUUAUAUAAAACCAGUAAAUUGUGCCACUUUGGACGAAAACGAAGGGAAGAACAGAUACAAAGAUAUCCUGCCAUUUGAUGCUACACGAGUGCCCCUUGAGAUUGAAAAUGAAGAUGACAGCGACUACAUCAACGCCUCUUACAUAGAUGGAUACAUGGACCAGACCCGCUAUGUUGCAACCCAAGGGCCCUUGGAACACACAAAGAACGACUUCUGGAGGAUGAUAUGGCAACUCAACACCGCCAAGAUUGUCAUGGUUACUAACCUCAUGGAGUCGGGGAAGUUGAAGUGCUACAUGUACUGGCCAUUCUGCAGCUCUGAGUCCACGAUGUACGGCAGUAUAAGUGUUCAGUGCGCGAAAGAGGAGGUCUACGAGACCUACACCCUCCGCUCAAUGGCGAUCUGGAAGGAAGCUACAGAGACAAGAAUGAUCAAGCAGUUCCACUUCACACAGUGGCCCGACCACGGGGUUCCCAGUGACACUACAGCACUAUUACACUUCAACAAAGUAGUGAAGGACACGGCACUACCACUGUCAGGGCCAUUAGUGGUUCACUGCAGUGCAGGUGUUGGACGGACUGGCACUUUCUUAGCGUUGGACUACUUACUGGACCAGGCAAGGAGCGAGGGCCGAGUCUGUGUCUACAACUGUGUGCAACACUUCCGUAGGGAGAGGAUGAAAAUGGUUCAAACAAAAGAGCAGUAUAUAUUCAUACACAGCAUUCUCCUGGAUGCCUUGCAAUGUGAACAGACCUUGACUCGCCCCAUCGAGCCAGUACACAUCCAGUGUGAGACAUGCUGGAACCAGAUUAAUUAUAAGCACAGGGUCAACAUGGACAUUUCAUCCAUUGACAGUGAUGAAGAAGAUGUUCUGUAUGAAAAUGUUCCCCAUCACUGGGCACGUCAGCUUCAACAAAGAAGUGGAGAUGCGGCCUCUCUCCCCGACGUCUGUGACGUGGCCUGUGAAACGAUGCCCUUGCUGUCUAGUGCAACAAACACCUCAAGCGAGGAGAGGAGCCCGGAAGAGAAGACGGACGACGAGGGAGGAAGGAUGAGUUGGGUGUCGCCUCUGUUAGGUACAAGUGACAGGAUACAGGAGACGGGUUACGAGUGA